GAGAAGACUUCAGAAUUUCAACAAAAUGGAAGAUUAUAUUCGAACCACGUAAGAAAGAAUGUCACGUUCGAAAAUGACGCUAUCGCAAAUACUUUUUAUUGAAGUUCAGCUCCGAAUGAACUCACAGCCAUAGCUAAAAAAUAUUUAUUUUUUACCAACAAAGUUAUGGGAAUAUAAAUCAAGUCACGGGCCGUUUUCAAGUGAAAGUGACUGAGAGAAAGAGACUUCUACAAUUCGGCGGAAGAAAACAUGAAGAAGAUAAGCCUAGCUUAUUACAAGCCCCUGGUUUACAUCCUGAUAUUUUUGCUUCAAUUUCCUCUUUUUAGGUGCAUGAUAGCAGAUGAACAAGAACAGUGUCAUGAGUGCUUUAGAGAAGCAAUUUGCGAUGCGAAAACCUCGAGUUUCUUAAUUGAGGCAAUCGACAUUGGCUUGGUUAACGGUACAGACUCUUGGUUGAUGGAAAAAUUUGGUGCGGAAAAUAUCGUCCAAGAUCUUUCUAUGCCUCCUUGCAUUAGAAAUAGAAUGAGAGGCAUCGUGGCAUUUGUAUUCGGACGACAGAAAGCACCGCAGGAAAUUUCAGGUUGCGACGAUUCUACGGAUUGCAAUAACCCAAACUGCUCAAAGUAUUUAACCGUGGCAAAUAAUACUUGGGGAAACGAUGGUAAAAUAGAGCCUCGCAAAUUGAAAUUGUUGUCAAUGCUAGGAAAAGCAAUCUUUUUUGGGAAUAAUUCACACGGAAACGCCUCUCUUCAAACUGAUGAAGACAAAGAUUUCCCUGAUUUGCCGCCAAAGGCACACGUGUCUUGUCCAACCCAAAAGCAUUACCCAAUCAUUGAAAGGGUCAACAUCUUGCUUUAUACAGCAAGGAAUCUUUUCAAUUGCACAUUAGAAGAAGCUGGCACAUUCACAUCUCCACAGCUUACACCGCAGAAUAUCUCACAUGAUGCAUUCAUGGACAAGGUGAUGCUGAUGAAAAUGAAUGUCUUCAGCAAUCUCUUAGCAAUCACGGAUCGACUGGGAAUGUCGAAAUCAACCUUAGAGCACAAAGUAUAUAAGACACAUUUUUAAUUACUAGAUUCUUUGUCAAUUGCUCACUGCCUAAAGCUCUUUGCAUCAUCUAUUACUAAAUUGACAAAUAAAACGUAUUUUUCAGUUGCCUAACUGGCAUUGAAAUGGAGAGGUUUUCUUAAUGAAUCUCGUUCAGUUUUAUUUUAAUGCCAAUUUGCGAUAAAGUUUUGCAAAAUUAUCCACGAUAGAAGUGCAAGAAAGCAAUUUGGUUAUUUUGAUGUGCCUCUACCUAUGUGCAUAAUAUACUGUUACAAAUUUACAAACAAUGCAUGUUUCUUUCAAUACCAUAACAUCAUCUCGGUUUAGAUCUGAGUUUGACAGCAAUCGUAAUUUAAAUAGAAACAUUUACAGCUAAUUUCGAAUAUUAUUGAAAAUAGGCUUCAAAACGAACGUUUUUGCCUUCUUAGGACAAUACGAAUGACAUCUGUUGCUAGAAUUCAAAGAAGCUAGAAUUUAGCUAAACAAAAUGAGAAUAACUCAAUUAUGCAUCUUUUUUUCGAACAAAACAAUUGAAUGCUUCUGUAACAACUUUCUUUCUUGCACAGCCAAAGUGUCAAUCAUUUGCUGACAAGUUUUAUGCUUCAAAGACAAUGGUGGCAUAUGAUGCAGCUAUGUACCUAUUUGGUUGUAAAGCCUGCCCUGAGGUAAGGCAUAUGUUUCCAUUAGUAAGGUUCUGAUAACUCAAUUUGUGCUUAGCCUUCCAAUACUUGAAUUGUCAUUUUUAGGUUGGUUUAACAAUGCGAUUCAACGUUUUUCGUACAUCAGUUGUACUCGCACAUGGCUCAAUGUC